GAUAAAAUAUAUAUAUCUGGCAGACGUAUUAUCCACGUGUUGCUCAAAUCAGUGUGUGUUUGCAAACACGAGUUUCAGUUUCAUGAAGAAUGAGUGACUAUUCAGCUAAAAACUGUUAGACCCUCUCCCAUUUCAUGACUGGAGCCGUGCCACAACAACCAUGGCUAUGUUGUUGCGCAAGGUAUGGGAAUCCGUAUCUACUCGUUCCACUUCGAGCAAUUCCACCUCAACUUCGAUCUCGACUGUCAAUUCCAUGGAUCGGUUCGACCAGAUGAUGAUGUAUAUACAGACGGCGUCCACCGGAGAAUUUGAUCGGAUUCCGUUAGAUAUUUUCAUUCAAAUUUUGAAGAUUUUAGGGCCAAAAGAGUCUGCUAAGCUGACUUCUGUAUGUAAAUCCUGGAAAUACAUUGUUUCCGAUAAUCGCCUAUGGAUUUACUUUCUUCAGAAUCACCAUGAGCCUUGGGAUUCUACUUUUUUCUCUGAAACUCACUUGAGAUCUGGACCUCUUAGGACGUUUCCAAAUUCAGUACCAGAAUUGUCAUUCAUGAGUAUUUAUGGUCAACGUGCUCAAGUGCCCGGUGCUAUUAUUAUUGAUGGUGGGUCUGGCUAUUGCAAAUUUGGUUGGAGUAAGUAUAGUGCUCCGUCAGGGAGAUCAGCGACAUUUUUGGAGUUUGGCAACAUUGAAUCUCCAAUGUAUUCUAGAUUGAGACACUUCUUUUCAACGAUAUACACCAGGAUGCAGGUGAAAACUUCAACACAGCCGAUCAUUGUGUCCAUUCCGAUUUGCCAUUAUGAUGAUACUGAAUCUGAUAAAGCAGCUAGAACGCAGUUAAAAGACGCGAUCCAUUCUGCAUUAUUUGACAUGAAUGUUCCUGCUGUUUGUGCUGUCAACCAGGCUGUUUUAGCUUUAUUUGCUGCAAGGAAAGUUUCAGGAAUAGUAGUCAACAUUGGGUUUAACCAGACAUCUAUUGUUCCAAUUCUCUACGGUAAAGUCAUGCACCAAGUAGGUGUGGAAGUUGUGGGAAUUGGAGCAUUGAAGCUUACAGGAUUCCUUAAGGAGCAGAUGCAACAGAAGAAUAUUUAUUUUGGGUCACUUUACACUGUGCGGACUCUGAAAGAGAACCUUUGUUAUAUUGCACUUGAUUAUGAAGCUGAACUAUCCAAAGAUACCAACGCAUCUUUUCAGAUCGGGUCUGAAGGUUGCUUUACACUUUCAGAAGAGCGCUUUAAAACAGGAGAGAUUUUGUUCCAGCCUCGCAUUGCAGGAGUGCGUGCUAUGGGUUUACAGAAUGCUGUGGCGCUGUGCAUGGAGCACUGCCAUGACGCUGAAUUAAUGGUUGAUGAUAGCUGGUACAAAACAGUAGUUUUGGCUGGGGGAAGUGCAUGUUUGCCUGGAUUAGCAGAAAGAUUAGAGAAGGAAGUGUGUGAACUUCUUCCUCCAUGCAUGAGUAAUGGAAUCAGAGUACUUCCUCCCCCAUAUGGCGUAGAUUCUGCUUGGUAUGGGGCUAAGCUGAUUGGCAAUUUGAGCACCUUCCCCAGUUCCUGGUGUGUGAUGAAAAAGCAAUUUCGUCAUAGGUCGAGACGCAAGUUUAUGUGGUGAUUACUGUUGCAGUGGCACUGCAGGUGGUAUUGCCAAAGAUCAAGAGUUUUGAUGUGCCUCGUGGCUGAAGAUCAACUAUUGCAUCAAUGAUUAGAUCAUUUGUUAAAGAUAUAAAUAUAAGGCUAUUUAUACAUCAAGUGUAAGACUAAUUUAUGUCGUUCAGUCAUGCGGAUCUGCUAAGCAUAUGAUGUACAAAAUCUUAGAUUAUUGAGGUAGUUCCAAAUGGAGUGAAUAUCUGUAAGUUGGACUUCUAGACUUAUAAUAAAGGAGCACCUUUUUCAGGUUAUGUGUUAA